AUGACCCUUCGGACGACAAUGCUUGUCUGGCUGGCGAUUCUUUUCGUCACGAGCCUUUCGUUUGCUUCAGCCCUGGCGAGGGAAGGAGAUCAAGGACUGCCUGGAGCGAGCGACGAUGCCGAGGUAGACUUCAUCAAGUUCGAUGAGGACGGCGAUGGAGCCCUGAACAUGAAGGAGUACGAACGGAUGCUGUCUGAAAACCGCGAUAGGACGGGAGGAGAUGAGGGCUGGAAGAGCUUCUUCGUCAAGUCAGACACAUCAGGGGACGGGAGGCUAGACUUCCAAGAGUUCUCCACCGCAAUGAUAGGCCUCAUGGAGCAGGGGGGCAGCUGCGGUGCUCAGGAGGGGGGACAGGAUGGAGAGAAAGGAGAGAGAGAUGGAGGGGAGGGGAAGGAUGGGGCAUACUCGGAUGCCGACGAGCCUGCUCGGUAUGCCCUGCAGUAUGACAAGGAUGGGGACGGGAAGAUCGGCUUCUCAGAGUUUAAGGAGCUCAUGAUGGAGGACGGGGACACGGAGGAGGAGAUGGAGAGGGGGUUCACCGCGUGGGAUAAGGACCAUGACGGGAAGCUGGACUUCAGCGAGCUGCUGCUGGGGCUGACGGGGCAGGGACAAGAGCCUUCCAGGGACGUGAGCGACGCUCAGGAGCAGCCAGCAGAUCUGCUCCCCCCAAGAGAGCUCUACGAGCUGGCGAGGCAAGGGCGGGUGGAUCGGUUGAAGUACGUCAUCGACCACUCCUACUCCGUCGACGGCAGCGCUCAGGAAGGAUACUGCACCCCGCUGCACAUCGCGCUGAUCCAGUUCGAGACGUGGAACUUUGGGAACCACCUCAACUUGAGAGAGAAUCGAAACUUCGCGGAGGUGGCCAGGAUACUGAUCGCGGAGGGAGCGGAUCUCUUCCACGCAUGCGAUGGGUUGACGGCCUUGCACUAUGCGACCAUCUCCAGAUGCAUGCCUGCUAUCAAGGAGAUUAUCAAGAGUUUUCGCUCGAGGUUCGGCGAGGCGAAGCUUGAUGACAUCCUCCUUGACGGGACGACUGCACGAAACCCGCACGCGCCCGGGGGAGGCUCCAUCCUCCACUACGCGACCAACCUGCACAACUGGUACAUCGGCCUCUCCAAGAUUAUCACCGGCCACCCAGGAGCUGGACAUGUAAACCGAAACAUGCACGAGCAAGGAAUUCUCACUCGCGAGAUGCUCCGAGAAAACGAUCGCAAACAUUUUUAUGAUUCAUUUGCUGAGCUUGGCAUUAAGAUAUCACCUGAUAUCCUCAGGAGCAAUCGCACCACCUACGACCGUACCGACUUGGGUCGUCUGCUUUCCAAGUGGAACUCGAAGUUCGUCAAAAAGCUUCUCAACGCCGGGAUCUCUCAUCAAGUCCUGCUGCUGCUGGAGGAGGGAGCAAGAGCGGACCAGAAGAACCUUAAGGGGAUGCUGCCAGCUGACCGAGCUGUGCAGAACGGCUUCUUCGAGGUAGCUGAGCUCCUGCUGGGAUAUCACUCUUCCUCCCUCGACAGCCCUGCCUACCUGGCAGCGGCAGCGACGAGGGACGGGGAGCAGCUGCUGAACUUCUCGACGUGGAACAAGAGGAUGCGAGGAGAGCUCCCUCCUUCUCCUCUCCGUGGGACGACGAGCAGGACGGCGGGGAGGAGGAAGGAUAGUGCGAUCUGCGAGGUAGCGGAGGGAGGGAGGAGCGGAGGGUGGAGGAGGGGAUGCCUGCCGGAGGUUGAGAUCGACUUCUGCGACAUCUCGUCCAUCGAUGUGUCGGAUCCUGCCUUCGAAGAGGUGCUGCGCCAUCAUUCUCUCAUGCAUCGUCCCCUUCGCAUCACUGGGGUGUGGCGGGACGAGGACGAAGAGAGUCUGCGAAAGAUCUGGAGCAAGGAGGGGCUGCGAGCAGCAAGCGGCGAGCUUGGGAAGUUCAAGGUAUUCCGACAGAAGGGAGGGAGGAAGGAGAGCGUGGGGAUGGAGAUGUCAGACUACCUUGACUUCAUGGAGUCUCAUGACCCUGCGCUCGACCGAGCACCCGACUGGCUCGUGGAGUUCGGACUGCAGCCCGGGCAUCCGCUGGUGGACUCGCAUGACAAGGUUGGGGGAGGGAGGAGCAGGAGGGAGAGAGGUGGGGCGAGGAGAGCAGCAGGAAGGAAGGUGGGGUAG